AUGUUCAAGAAGUCGGUGUCCAAGGCGUUGCCUUCUAGGGCUCUGCUUCGUCCUCAGCGUGCUUUUUCCACCUCACUUCCCGUCAGGAGAGUCGUUGCGACUAAUCCAGUCAAGGCAGAGGAGGUCAAGUCCUGGUCUUCAGGCAAAUAUCCUCUUAUCGAGCACGAGUACGAUGCUAUUGUCGUUGGUGCUGGUGGUGCUGGCCUUCGCGCCGCUUUCGGUCUUGCGGAAGCUGGCUUCAACACGGCUUGCAUCACCAAGCUAUUCCCAACUCGGAGUCACACUGUCGCGGCACAGGGUGGUAUCAAUGCUGCCCUCGGCAACAUGACGGAAGACGACUGGCGAUGGCACAUGUACGAUACGGUCAAAGGCUCUGACUGGCUUGGUGACCAGGAUGCUAUUCAUUAUAUGUGCCGCGAGGCGCCCAGAUCAGUCAUUGAGCUUGAACAUUAUGGUGUUCCAUUCUCCCGUACCAAGGACGGGAAAAUUUACCAACGUGCCUUUGGUGGUCAGUCUUUGAAGUAUGGUAAAGGUGGUCAGGCAUACCGUUGUGCUGCCGCUGCCGAUCGUACCGGUCACGCUCUCCUCCACACCCUUUACGGCCAGUCGCUCCGACACAACACGAAUUUCUUCAUCGAAUACUUUGCUCUGGAUUUGAUUAUGCAGGAUGGCGAGUGUGUUGGAGUUAUUGCGCUUAACAUGGAGGACGGUACGCUGCACCGAUUCAGGGCCCACAAAACGGUCCUCGCAACUGGUGGUUACGGUCGUGCAUAUUUCAGCUGCACGAGUGCGCACACUUGUUCGGGUGAUGGGAAUGCAAUGGUCGCUCGCGCUGGCCUUCCUCUGCAGGACCUGGAGUUUGUUCAGUUCCACCCAACUGGUAUCUAUGGCGCCGGCUGUCUCAUUACUGAGGGUUCUCGUGGCGAGGGAGGCUACCUCCUGAACUCUGAGGGCGAGCGUUUCAUGGAGCGUUAUGCACCCACUGCCAAGGAUCUUGCUUCGCGUGAUGUCGUGUCUCGUUCGAUGACGAUUGAGAUCCGUGAAGGCCGCGGUGUUGGACCUGAGAAGGAUCACUUAUACCUUCAGCUCAGUCAUUUGCCCCCUGAAGUUCUUCACGAGAGAUUGCCCGGUAUUUCUGAGACUGCUGCUAUCUUCUCCGGAGUUGAUGUCACCAAGGAGCCUAUCCCAGUGCUGCCUACUGUCCAUUACAACAUGGGUGGUAUUCCCACCAAGUACACUGGCGAGGUGCUGACUGUUGAUGAGAAUGGCAAGGACAAGAUUGUUCCUGGUCUAUAUGCAGCUGGUGAGGCUGCGUGCGUGUCCGUUCACGGCGCGAACCGUCUUGGUGCAAAUUCCCUCCUGGAUCUCGUGGUCUUCGGUCGCGCUUGUGCUCAUCAUAUUGCGGAGACAUUGACUCCUGGAAAGGCUCACAAGGCUAUUCCUGAGGAAGCUGGCCUCGAGAGCUGUAGACCUACUGCCGAUAUAAGGCUGGAAAUGCAAAAAGCUAUGCAGUCUGAUGCCGCUGUUUUCCGCAUGCAACAGACUCUCGACGAAGGCGUUCAGAAGGUCCGGGAGAUAUACAAAUCGUUUGACAAUGUUGGCAUUAAGGAUAGGAGCAUGAUCUGGAACUCUGAUCUUGUCGAGACUCUUGAGCUACGCAACCUCCUACAGUGUGCAGUUCAAACUAUCACGGCCGCUGCUGCUCGUAAGGAGUCACGAGGCGCUCACGCUCGUGAGGACUACCCUGAGCGUGACGACGACAACUGGAUGAAGCACACCCUCACGUGGCAGAACAAUGUCAACUCGCCCGACGUCACUCUCAAGUACCGUGGUGUCAUUGGCAAGACUCUGGAUGAAAAUGAAUGCAAGGCAGUCCCACCAUUCAAGCGUACAUACUGA